AUGGCCGCAUCAGAUGUGGGCAGCUGGCUGGAGGUUGAUCCACAAACGGACACUGGAAGUUGUUGCUCCCGGCUGAAGAUUUUUGGCGCCGCAAAGGCUCUCACAUGGUGGAGAGAUACAACGGACCCGGUGGUUCUCAAUAGUCCCUGGCUACGACGGGGAACCGGACGGUUUUUCCGGGCUCUUUGUACUCUUGGUCAGAUUGGCGCCUGGCUAUGCAUGCUGCUUCCCGAGCCAGCCAAGAUGUGGGCCUAUGCUUUUCCAGAAACACCACAUGGCGGUAGGAGCAGUUACAGGGACAUCCCUGUUUUUGCGCUGAUGGCUGUUUGUCUAGCACUCAGUUCAGGGACUUCCCUUUGGACAAGCCGUGAAAGCUUCAGAGGUAGCAUGUUCUUUGGGAUUGGCAGCGCAAUCAGUGUCCAGCUGCUCUCAGCACGAUGGCACUACCACUACUUCGCACACGAGUUCUCUUUCAGUUUCGUUAUUGCAGUGAUGUGCCACUGCAAUGUUCAUCCUGUGGUGUUGUUCCUGGUGGUUUUUUACCAUUUCCUUCGCAUAUCAGGGGACAAUCUAAUCCAGGGUGCCCUCGUUCCCUGUUUGAGUAUCAUGACUUUCGAGUGCACGAUGUUGGUGGCUCUAACUUGGGAUUUCACAUUACGUGUCAAGGCGGUUUGUUCAGGCGUUCUCUUCGGUGAGAAUGAUGAGGUGCUUGAAAGCCCGGUAGCCGGGCGCUCCGCACGCAGAGUCUGUUGGGUUUCUGGUGUCAACCAAUGGAUUUUGUGGGCCGCAACCAUGAUCCACAACAGUGUUGAAUCCACCCGAGACUGGCAAGACGCAGUUUUUCUUCGGAACCACAUUCCUAUCUGCAGCGUUGCAGUGCCUUUUCUGGCUGUCGGAUUGGUAGUAUUGGCUUUGUGUAGCAAGCGUAGAAUCUCUCGGUGCCGAGGCACCUCCUGUACAAGCUCUGCUUGGCAUGAGGAUUUUGCAAUGGCCUUUUUCUGUUGCGCGCCUGCAGUGCUUCUGAUGGUGAACUUUCGAUUAGCUUGCAUUGAAUACAUGCACAUGGAAAUAAAACUCCCCACUUGGUACGAUUUCCAGGAUGAAACAAUCCGCCGGAGUCUCCUUCUUUGUACCACUGGCCUUCAAACAUUGAUACAAGCCGGAUGCCACCCGAUGAUUUGUGCUGCAGCAGCCGCAAGCCUAACAGCUGCUAGUGUCUCGAUGCCAUUGGGCGAGAUGGACUUUUCGCCCGUUGUCAUUCAGAGCGCGCUGGCUUGGUUGCUGGUAGUGAGCCACCUGAUCGACUUCUUCGCUCGCAUGCGUGCCAUAGAGAGAGGAAUGCAGCAGAGCCAUCAGAAUGCUGCUUCUGCACUGAGGCUUCUAGCCUGCGAGACGGAUGGAGUGGAACUACCGGCUAUCAACCAGGAGGCACGGCCCAGGGUUAUGCAUUGCGAAGAUCCGUCCUUAGAAGUUCUUGCUGCUCCUUCGGGCCCAUCCAAGCACGGUCCAUCAGCCGUAGUCGCCGUGGUGAGGCAUGCAGAACGAGCAGACAACAUGCAGACUUUUGAUACCUGGGGUUGUUCGAAAGAUGCAGAGAACUUUCCACAUGAUCCACCCAUCACGGCAAGAGGUGCUGAACAAGCAGAGCAACUGGCUGAUGAGCUGAAGAUGAAAGAGAUUGAUUUCGAAGUCAUCGUUUCUUCCCCGUUCCUGCGUUGUUUGCAAACUGCCUUGAUCUUGGCCGAGAAGUUUGAUGCGAAAGUUUUGAUAGAUCAAGAGUUGGGAGAAGUCAUGGGGCCGCCGGUGUUUGAAACAAAGCCACCACUGCCUCCUAGGCCUUGGAGCAAUCUGAAAGCAACUCUGAAGGCCUCUGCAACCUCAGCGAGUUCGCAUGAGCGCCUGCAAGCAGGGCGUUUGAUGGGCAAGGGGCCUCAGUGGAAAGAAUCUCUUCAGCAGGCUCGUCUUCGGUAUGUGAAGCGAUACUUGGACUAUUUGCGCCGCGCUCGUCAUACCAAAAAGAGCUGCUUGCUGGUGACGCACGGCUACAUGGUACAAGCGUGUGCGAGCGUGCUGCCACUAAACCAGCAUCGUAAGAUAGUUUCAGUUGACUAUUGCGGUGCCGCAGUUGCUGAAUGCCACAGGGUGGUAAAGGAUGGUAACCGCCCUGACGCGUUUCUUCCUGCGAGGGCUGUUUCAUUUGAUUCUGGAAAGCAUCAAGCUGAAAAAGAAGAGCAUGUCCAAAAUCAAUUCGACGAGAAGAACGAACUCAUCCAAGAUGCCAAGAUGAGAUAUUGGACCCUCUUUUUGCGUGGCGUCCGACAUGUUCCUGCAGCCACACCCUCAAAUGGAUCGCACCUAUCUGGAUUAAGUGCAGAUCUAGGCCACAGUUGGCAAGACAUAGUGAAAUUGCUUGGGGUGUUACCUCCAGUGGCACCUGCACCUUCGGACAGUCACAGUGAGAGCGCGUGCAGUUUUGGGACUCGCACGGACACGACCAUCUCUAUGAAGAUGAUUCGAGAUCCUGACUCUGCACCAAAGUCUCCCAAAAACGAGCACUGCGUGACAGUGGAAAGGACAGAAGUGACUCAAAACGAGCAACCUUCUGCUCCCAAACUGAAGUUGCUCACAUCUGGGUUGGCUGCGCGGCGCGGCUUCAGGCAGUCCAAAGUGCCUGCCACUGUUGUUGAAGAUCAGGUGUGAAGCGUUUAUAAGUGCAAUUCAGUGCACGUCAAUUUUUUGCUUUAAUUUUCGUCAUGGUUUCUCCCCAAGUAGAACCAAAGUUCCCACAAAGCGGCUGUUCUACCACGCUUGCUAACCAGAGUGCUUGCGCCACUUAGAGAAAAUUGCGUAGACGCUUACGCUUGCCGUCAUUUCGCGGUCUGUCCCAUAAGGUACGACUCCAAAGAGUUUCAACGGACGUAGUUACUUAGUUGGAAUAAAGAUAUCAUCAAGCCUUUUAUCCUUGUUGGAUUCAGGAAUCCCCACCACAACUUGCCCUGAACACCAUAUCUCUCCACCUCGUGGCCACGCAUGAUUUGGCAUGGUUUAGUAGCAGCCACAGCUUCCCAUCAAAAUCAACUCCACCAUUUCAGCUACCUUCAGGCACCUGCGACCAGAAAGUAGUAUUUUCAGAACUGUCAGUUGGCGUCAAAAA